UGGGAGGGUAGAUAGUCUGCAUGAGACUCAAAUUUAUUCAAAUUUAAAGUUUAAUUCUAUUAAAUCAAAUUUCUGCAUAUCUCUGCAUAUUGCUGCCAGCUGAAGAUGUUAAACAAAUCUCCACUGAUACUGAGAAUGGCCUUGCUGCUACUGCAGGUGUUCAGCACAGAUGCAAAAAUGGACAUUAUCACAAGUAAGCAAGACUUUAAAGUCGGAGAAGAGAUACUGUUGUUGUGUAAAGCUGGGGGAGAGGGAGAUAUCACAUGGCUGAAAGGUGGGGAUGAGGUAGAUGAUGAAGAAAUUGUGCAAAAAGUGGACGAGACAUCCUCCAAACUGGUCAUCAAAAAAGCCUCCCUGGAGGAUGCAGGACGGUACACCUGCAAAUGUGACUAUGACAAUGGACACCAAGACGAUACCCAAGUAUCUCUGUAUGUUUAUGAGGGCCCAUCAUUUGGUAGCACCACCACCUACCAUGAGUUUCUGGAAGGUACAGAUGGGAAUGUACCAUGCCUGGUGACUGGGAAGCCAGCAGUUGAUGUCCAGUGGUUUAGAGACAAGCAAGAAAUCGCUUCAAGUGGGCACAGUCAUCUUCGAAAGAUGCCCGAUAACACACUUCAUAUUGGAAAAGUGAGGAGAGAAGAUGCUGGGAUGUAUGUGUGUCACGCCCAGAUUAGAGGAAGGCCAAUCUCCAACCAGCUCCAUGUUUCCAUCGUUGUCAAUGCUCCCCCGACUGUGCAUCUGAGAGAAGAGGUGCAGAAAGUGAUAGCAGGACCUGAAACAAAUGUCACUUUGCUGUGUUUGGUGGACGGUCUUCCAAAACCCAGCAUCAACUGGUCUCUGCCAGUAACUUUCGACCCCUCCCGUCAUCACUUUAACUCAGAUCGCAGUCAGCUGAUCUUAAAUUCUGUAGUCAGAGCAGAUUUUGGAGAAUACAUCUGCACUGCAAUCAACAAGAUAGCCGAGGACAGCGCCACAUUCACGCUUCACGUCUUUGAGGCUCCUGAGGUGUUUGUUUCAGCAGAUCAGCACUACGUGUCUGUGGGAGAGAGUGUCUCUGUAUCCUGUAACGUGUCAGGUUAUCCUGAGCCUGAGCUGCAUUGGCUCAACAAGCAAAAGGGACAAACACUGGAUAUGACUUCAGGUCGUGUCCGUGUUGUGGAAGGCGUGUUGGAAAUUGAUGAUUUGAUGCCCUCUGAUGGAGGACUGUACUCUUGCAUGGCUGUGAGCUCCUCUGGAAAUGCAUCAAGAGAUGUUGCAAUAUACACUCAGCCUGGACCUCUUCAUUAUCUGUCAGUCUCUGGGGGUCCAACCUCUGUGCUCUUCUCGCUCAAAGCUCUCCCGAUCAGUGGAGGAGCACCAAUCAAGAGUUUUGUUCUUCAGUGGAAGGAAAAUCCAGAAGAAAAGUGGAGUGAAAUGAUGGUUCCAGUUUCAGAUCCCCUAACUAUUACCAACUUGAAGCCGUACACAGUCUACACAGUCCGCCUGGCAGCCUUGAAUGUGGUGGGACCGGGUCUGUUCUCAGAAGAAAGCGACGUACGCACUGAAGGAAUAGGUGAACCAGACAGCCCAGUGGUAUCUGCUGAUCAGAUCAAAAUUGAGGGCAACACCUUCUCUGUUCCUCUGAAGCAGAGUGAUGAUGGUGGAUCCCCCCUGCUCCAUUUUCAAGUUAAAUACAAACAGGAUGCCGAAGUAGAUGAGUGGAAAGAGAUACAACUUCAACCUGAUACAAACUCUGUCACACUCAAAGACCUGGCUUUUGGAUCGGACUAUCAACUGGAAAUCAUAGCAGUCAAUGCAAAUGGUUCGUCCAUGCCGGCCACAUUCAACUUUACCAUUGCAGAGAGGCCUGCGAGUAGCAACCUGACCAAAGGAAGUGUGGUCGGCAUUGUCAUGGUGAUCUUCUUGGUGGUGUUUCUAGUUGUAGACGCAACCUGUUGCUAUAGAAACCGCUGUGGGCUUCUCAUGUCAAUUGCUGUGAAACUUUUUGGGCAAAAGAUUCCAGGCCUCAAAAUGCUUGAUGGAGAGGAUGGAACCACUAAAGGGGAAGUGAAGCUCAAAGGUAUAUCAACACCCAGAGGAAGCUUGCAGAGCUCAGGGGUUCAAACAAUUCGCAAGGAAGCGGAUCAGCUCACAGAGGUCACAUGUGACAAAGCUCCACUCACCAAACACGAGAAAACACAGAUCUCCACUGUUGAUGCGUGAGAUGAAACCUGUGAUGGUGCAAAAACUGGUGAAACCACAGUGAGAGAAGGAGAAAAAUUCAAACAGACAAACCCACAGGGAAAAUCCCACUAACACUCAUGAGGAAACGAGGAGAUUGGGUGUGUUACAUCUGGGUUCGUCUCGGCUUCUGUGCUGUCAAAGUGAAGAGUCCGGAGACUUUGUGGGUUUUUUGCUUUUGCAGGGAAUUGUUUGUAAUUUUGGGUUACAGGGUAAAAUUGUGUAUUUUUUGUAAACUGUUCUAUUUAAUAAAAAUACAUGUUUAUCAUAAACACGCAAAAGUAGAAAAAGGGAAAAAAAUGGCAGCACGUGUGCUCCUUUCUCCUUUCCAUGUCAAUCAGUUCUGUUACUUUGGUAUAAUCACAUUUGUUUUUCCAUCAUGGCAGCUCCAGUGUUAGCUACAAGUGACUCCAUAACUGCUGCUUUACUGCAGAACACCAAAUGUUAUGUAAGCUUUUGUAUGUAUUUAUUGAAAUGCUGCUGACCGGAUUGUAAGUGUGUGUGUGUGUGUGUGUGUGUGUGUGGGGGGGGGGGGUUGUUUCUAUAAACAAUUUUUAUCUCAUUUUAUGACACAUAUAACUUAAUAAUCAGCUAUGUCGUGUAGCACUUCAUUCAAGACGUGUGCUGUAAUGAAAACAAAUACUUUCUAUGAGUAGUCUUCAAAAUGCCAUUAAUCAUUUUGGCUGUAUGACAGUUUUCCACAAUUAACAACUUAUGUCAAUUAUUCUUGAAUUUUUAUGCAAAAAAUUAUGCACAGGUUUUGUAACAUAAUAAUCACGUCUUUUUUGCGCAGCUUUUCUUGUUUUCUUAAGUUAAAAGUUAUGUGGAUCCCUCAACCACAUCAGUGACUGUUUUUUUGACAUUGUUCUAUUUAAAACUGUACAUGGUUGUUUAUAUAAAUCUUUUAUGUUUGUAUUUUGUAAAAUUGAAAAACAGCUUUCUGAGUUUGAUUUUGCUCAAUGUGAAUGUUUUUACAGCAUCUCUGGUCCAAUAUAAUAAAAUUCAAUAUUAUUGUU